AUGUCACAUAGCCAGCAACCAGUCGUGCUCCUAGCCCAUGGGGCGUGGCAUCGCCCUUUGCAUUAUCGUUUGUUGAUCAAUGCGCUGAAAGACCAGGGACACACAGUUCUGGCACCACCGAAUGCCACUUCUGGAUACAGCGACUCAGUCGUCGGCAAAACACACAAAGAUGACGUCAAAAGGUACCACGACGACCUCUUGCCUUAUUUGGAUGCAGGAAGAACUGCCAUAAUCGUCGCGCACAGCUAUGGCGGAAUUCCGGGCACCAUGGCUAUCGAGGGACACACACUUGCAGAGAGGGAAGCCCGAGGCCUCAAAGGGGGCAUUAUUUCCAUUGUUUACAUCGCAUGUGGAUUGGCCACUCAAAAGAGCGUCUCGAUUCUGGAAGCUGGCGGGGGCGAGUGGUUUUCAUUGCAAUUUCACGAUGUUAAGGAAAAUACACUGCCAUUGAAGCUUGAAGCGGUUACGACAGCCUUUUAUAAUGACGUCGAAGCUGGUCUCAGAGAUGAGGCCGUGGCCCUGUUGGCAGAACAGAGCAAGCAACCAUUCACAGACAAUGUAGACUUUCUCGCAGGCGAUUUGAAGAUCCCGAAGAUCUAUGUCGUUUGCAAGAAAGACAACGCGGUGCCGUUUGCCUUUCAACAGUUUAUGGCGCAGGCGUCCGGCGCUGAGAUCGUUGAGCUUGACUGUGGUCACAGUCCAUUCCUGAAAGAAGAAGAAAGACGCCAAAUCGUUGAUCUGAUCAUCGGCGUUUCACAGUAA